AUGUCCCACUUGAGAGAUACUACCCAAAUAAUUGAAAUUUUGGAAGGAUUGACUGUGGGAGAGGACUGGAUUAUGACUACUCUAGAUGUCCAGUCCCUCUACACGGUGAUAGACCACGAAGCUGGCCUGAGGGCCACUAAAGCCCAAUUAGAAAGGAAUAAAGAAAUGAAGACAUCACAAGCGGAUUUUAUUUUAGAGGGAAUACAACAUAUUUUAGAACACAACUAUUUCUAUUUUGAGGGAGGUUUUUAUCUGCAGAUUAGAGGAACCGCCAUGGGCACCAGGUUUGCCCCCAGCUAUGCAAACUUGUUUCUUGCACAAUGGGAACGGGAGUUUAUAGAUUCGCAUAGAGGGGGCGACCUGGUGCUCUGGCGACGUUAUAUAGAUGACAUUAUUUUAAUCUGGAAAGGGGAUCAAGAAAGCUUAAAUAAGUUCAUAUCCGAACUAAAUAUAAAUAAUCUUAACUUGACUUUUAUACGAAGCACUGAGAAUAUAGAAAUAGAAUUCCUGGAUUUGUCAAUUACGAAAGUAGGAGAAAAGUACGUGUGCAAGACCUUCCAGAAACCCUCUUCGAGAAACGCAUUCAUCCUACAUUCAAGUUGCCAUUUACCUAAUUGGCUCUUGAAUGUGCCCUUCGGACAAUUUCGUAGAUUGAAACGAAAUUGUACCGAGGGGGCACAAUUUGAAGUGGAAGCAAUGCAUUUAAGAGACAAAUUUUUGGCAAAACAAUACCCUAGCAAUUUACUAGAGGACUCAUUAGAGAGAGUAAGAAAGCUAUCAAGACGUACACUGUUAACAGUCAAAACAGCACAAAAUAAAGAAACAGACUCCCAAUUUAGAAUAAUUCUCCCCUACACAAUACAAAGGAAGAAAAUUGAGGAGAUAGUGAAACGUCAUUGGCACCUUUUAUUGCAGGACAAAACCUUAGGCAUGCUGAUGUUUGUAGCAAUACAAGUACUGAUAUGGACUACCCCAACCUUUGCCAUACUGAGCCUUACGGCUAACCCAAUUUUUACAAUGGAGUCUCUGAAUGGUACUGAAACCGAACAAGCAUAUACUGUUCCUCUUGAUCUAGUCCUUCAAAACUCUGAAACUGAUCCAGUCACAGAUGGUGGAACUCAAGAAAAUUCCCAGAGUGCUUUACCAUCAACAGUGACCCCUGUUUUAAGUGAAGCGACAGAUGGAGGGGAGAGCAAUAUUAAACUACAGGAACUAUCUACAACGAAUAUUGAUCCCAAGCAACCAAUUCCUUUGGAUGUAUUCAAUCUGGCCAACACUAAUGGUCCUGUUCCUACAAUCGGGAGUGCUUCUAAAGAGACCGGGGACAAUAGCACCUUAAUCCCAUUACUAGAGCCUAACAAAGCCUAUCCAUUUGAUGAACAGUUAGAAUCUUUCUUGGAAAUACCGAUGGAAAAUGGUACAGAAGGGAAACAGUGCUUCUGUAAUAUUCCUGGACAAAAGGGAGAUAAAGGCGACACAGGGAAUGGAGGUGAACCUGGUAAAGUUGGUAAAAGAGGACCUCAAGGAUUGGAAGGUGCUAAAGGAAAAAAAGGCCUGUCAGGUUCUAAAGGAGAAACAGGAACUAAAGGUGAUAAAGGGGAUAUUGGACCAAAAGGUGAUUCAGAAACCAAUUGUGCUCUUUGUGAAAAAGGAGAAAGAGGAGAACAAGGAGUCCCGGGUAAAGAUGGUGCAGUAGUUGUGCAAGGUACCAAAGGUGAACCAGGUAAUAAGGGCAUAAAAGGUGAUGAGGGACCUAAAGGGGACCCUGGAGAAAAUGGAUCAAAAGGUAUAGGUGGUGUACCUGGAAUUCCUGGGGAAGUUGGACCCAAAGGAGCUAUUGGACCUAGAGGCCCUGCUGGACUAAAAGGUGAUCGAGGAAUGCUGGGACCUGCUGGACCACCAGGCUACCGUGGACCAGCAGGAAUACCAGGAAGGAAGGGUGAUAAAGGACAGAAAGGAGCUCAGUCUGACCACGAGAACGUUGCAUUUUCUGUUGGUGUCCGAGGACAUAGGAAUGUGUUUUUACCAGGACAGCCAAUAAGAUUUGACAAUGUUUUCAUUAAUGAGAAUAAACCAUACAGUGUAAAGUCAGGUGUAUUUGUAGCCAACAUUGAAGGUGUUUACUUUUUCACAUAUCAUAUAAGUUUAACACAUUCAUCUCUUAUGAUUGGCCUGGCUCACAAUGGUAAAAUUGUUAUACAGACACAAGUCAAGCAGUAUGAGCGUAAUGUUUGUCAAGCCUCUGGAUCGGUUCUGCUUCAUCUUAGAGAAGAUGAUGAGAUUUGGCUUCAGGUUUUAACUAGUGCCCAAAAUGAAUUGAUUUCUGAUGAAUCCGACUCACUCUUCACAGGAUUUAUACUGUAUUCUCUUGAAGACUAG